AUGUCUAGCCCUCCGUCUCGUCUCAAGAACAUCCUCGGACAUUUCCUCUCAUCCUCCACAGCCAAGGUCGACGAGCCCCGUCCGAACCACCACAUACACCAGCUUUCACCAACCUUCUUUCUAGAGCGUGCCGCCGCGAUAGAGCCCGAUGCAGAAGCCAUCUUCCACGUGACAGCCAACGGCCGAACCCUGCGACGGUCUUACAUAGAGUUCGCAGACAGAGCGCGCGGCCUUGCUUAUUAUCUGAAGAAGCACGGCUUCAAGAGGGUCGGAAUUCUCGCGCCCAACACACCCGCCUUUCUCGAGUCCAUCUUUGGUAUUGCCGCCGCUGGUGGGGUUAAUGUGGGUGUCAACUACAGAUUGAAGCCGGAUGACAUCACCUACAUUUUCGACUUUGCCGAGGUCGACUCAAUCAUCGUCGACCAGGAGUUUGUCCACCUGCUUGACGAGUUCAAGGAGCAGCACCCCAAAGUUCCCUUGAUUAUUGACACUGAUACCGACUACACGGAGGGCGCCUUGAGUGGCCCCUUUGAUGAUGCGGUCUUGGAGGGCCUUCAGUAUGACCACCAACACGGUCAGGGUUGGGCUGGCCUUCACUCACAGUGUGGUAAUGAGGAUGACAUGCUUGCAAUUCCCUUCACUUCAGGAACCACGAGUCGGCCCAAGGGCGUAGUCUAUACACACCGCGGGGCCUAUCUGGCUGGUAAGGGAUCCAUGGACCGUUCAGACUUUUGCACAGGUAUCAAGUUGGGCUGA